GCAGACUAGGGUCAAAGAGGGUUAGACCAUUUUUGUCCCCCUCAAUCCAGGGCUCAGACUUCAGCCUUAGCCUUAGCCUUACACUUCUAUGUCAUUACACAAAUGAGUAUAUUCACACAGCUAGCGUAGUAAUAUGCUCCAUUACAUGGGUACCCGGCAGGCGCCGCGUAAGUAUCCGGUCCCUGAAGCGCAUCUUGCCACGUCAAUAGCCACAGAAUUGUGCGAUGUCUGUACCAAGCGAGCAUGGACACCAAAGACGUUCUCAACACUAUUAGAUGCCCCAUUUGAGCAAGACAGUGUCACAAUUACAUAUGUGGUAACGUCAGAAGAGCUGCGGACGUCGGUAUUGAAUGGCUGCAGGUUCUGUCGCACGCUUGCUGACGGCAUCCAUGGAAGGAUGUUCCUCGAUGAGAUGUACCAGCGAUGGAAUAAGACUGAUAGUUGGCCCGAAAGCGUCAAUUCUGGCGAUAGUAAAAGCCCAGAAUAUGGAGAUGAAGCGAUAGAACAAGAACAGGAAGAAGAUGGAAAUGACUGGAACGAUGCGUCUGCUUUCAACGAGGAAAAGAUUGCAGACGAUGUCACUGGAGGGUGGGAAGCUUGGGAGGACCGUGACACCUUAUUCGAAGCCUCCACUUUUGAGGUUAGACUAUCGUUUGAAAGAGAGGUAGAAGAUUGCGCGAGGAAAGGCUAGUAGAGUUGCGAUACCACAUCAGGAUGGACGGUCGUGGCCCAAAUGAUGGAUUGAGCCUCUUUCCGACCGAGACUAGCAACAGCGCGCUCGGAUCGGAGAUCAAUAUGAGCAGUAUCAAAGACUGGAUGCAAAGGCUACUGCCUAUGACAGAAUCUUUGGAAAUCAACGCGCUCAGAGUACCAGCCAGGUUGAUAGAAUUGCAAGUUAACGAAGGCU